CUCAGCCUCUCCAUAAGCCAUUUGUGCCGCUAUCCUCUGUCUGUGGUCUGUGUGCUAUAGUGGUUUGAUGCAAAAUGUUGCAGGACGUGGUGAUUACAAAGCUCUUCUUACCAGAGAGACGAGGGAACCUCUUAUUGACAAACAUACAACAAGAGCCAACUUCGGAAGGCUCCCCCUCGCAAAUUUUAUCCGUCCCAGUUACAGAAAUUUCUGAGCCUACUCAAUCUAAUAGUCAAACUCGACUUACAAGAUCGCAAAGCGUCACCUGUUCACCACCUUACUUUACUUCAUCUGAACAUAUAACCCUCCCAGGGAAUACUUUCUACACUAGGUCAAGAGUCUCUCAGCAACCGAUUUCUAGGACGCUUAGUGGGCAUGUGAACGAGUCUAAUGGACUUGUUACAGGAAGUUCUCUACCUGCUGUAACCAGUGUCAAUGAUUCCACUCCCCUCAUCGUACCCAGUACAAUUCCUCCACGUACACCCCAUGAUGUAAGUGCUUUUCCAUGUCUUUUAGUGCCGUUUUGUCUAAAAAAAAUUCGUAAUGUUAUGACAUUAAUAAAGAGUUAGAUCAGUAAUUAUACAGUGUCUUUAUUAUUACUUCACUUUUAAUGCGUCACAAAAGUGUUCUUGAGAUGAUACCAGUUUUUACCCAGUUUGGGUUUAUCCGAAAGUCAUUUGAAUGUUACUGAUGCUGGAAACAAUGGAUACAUUUUUAUCCGUUUAUUUGGAUUUAUUAUAAUUGGUUAAACUCUUGACUCACUUGUGCAAUAAUUCAUAACAAAC